UUGACAAUGCUCCCAGAGGCUAACGGGAAAUAGAACUUGGAAAGCUAGCUCUGUUGUGAUGAAAAAUACGUUGUUAAAAAAUUCAUCAUUUGAAACCUAUUUCUGAACAAUUGACAAUCAGGUUUAUUUGAAACAACAGACCCGUACGAAUGGACUAAGAAAACAGUUGAAAGUGCUUUGUCUCGUGUAACUAUUUUCGUUCAGAAACUUUUCAGAAGUGUUGGAACGUUUGCAAGGGAAAGUGAUUUUCGAUGAAAGUUGUUUGUUAGUAUACGCCCGAAUCGUCCAAUGUUUGUGUGCUCCAGGAUAAAGCAAAAUCAAAAAUCCUUUCCGACCAAAAGGGGGGCAAAGAAAGUGCGAAAAAUAGUGCCUUGUGUGGGUGUUGCUUCUUUCCAAUACUGGCGCGAAUUUUUCAAAGCAUGAAACGGCACUGCCCAAUUGAAUAAAGGCGUGCGAUGUUGAACUCCAAUUGCAUUUGAGCUCAAGUUUGAAAGGAUGGUGCAUGUUUGAACCCUUCAUGUAACCUUCUGACAGCAUUUAAGAAAUGCGCCCUCGAUAUAGUCAUUUCGUCACGCAAAAGAACACCUCCACCGGUACCGAUGCCAGUGUAGACCCCAUAAGCUCAGUAACCAAUCCAACAUGCCUACUAGGUGUAUGUCGUGAGAAAUUGAACCGUCGAUUGGAAUAUUAAUGAUAGCUCACCGAAGGACCACUCAAAAUGGCACCACCGGGUCUUCCCAGGGAGCGGAGAAAGAAAGCCCACGGCCUGUACUUCCAUUCAUCGCCACCAAAAGUAUUACAAAUGAACAAUCAAAACCUUCAACGAGACAAUGAUGGCAGGGCCAAGGAUGUGAUAAAACCAUCCAACAUUAGAAUAUGGCUGCACCAGAAGCGAAUGUCGAAGCUAGCCAAAGUACUAUGGGCUGGUCAAGGAAUGCGUCUUCGUACCGAAACUUCGCAUCACCCCAAAAUGAAGCGGUUUUUGGAAUGCGUUCCCCAUGUUAUGGGUGUCAUCAAAGACAUACAUCAGGCCGUGGUCGACAACGAUCUGGAGAUGCUGAAAGAAAAAACGGCUGCGCCAAUGCCUCGGGUUGUAUUGACCAGCAAGGAUACAAACGGGUUGACCCCGUUGCAUAAAGCUGCCGGUUUAGCGCACACACAAAUUGUUGAGCACAUUCUGUCUAUCUGGCCGAGUCUCUCUUCGGACGAGGAUCACACCGGAAAAACACCUCUGCAUUGGGCGGCAAGUGCAAAAAAUAAUGCACGCAGCUUCAAUCUGCUUGUGCAGGCCGGUGCAGACGAAACCGCCCUUGAUCAUAGAGACAAACCGGCCGAGUAUUACAAAAACAAACCGAACGAGAUUGAUCGCUCGUUGCUUACGGUCAUUCCCGAGGCACCACGAAUAUCACAGCAGGGUUUCCCGAGCUAUUUCGACUGGAACAUGUUUACCCUCGAGGAGGAUUCCGACGAUAGCAACGGUUCGCAAGCGAGAAUGAAACCAUUUUUAUCGCAAAAUAACUUACUAGAUAACGAUGUAAAUAAUCUCAGUAGUGUUUCUAAGUCUAAAUCAGUGCACAAUCUAACUAACGGGACGCUAACCGAUCUCCCGAAUGAUGAAAGCGAGAGCGAAAUCAACAACAAGAAUGAAGCAGAACCAACCGCUGAAGCCGAUCAAGGUGGAUCGAUUAGUGCUGAUGCCGCGGUUCAGGACGAAGAAUUCGAUGUAGAGGAAAGUAAAGCUGCAGAAAAUAUGCCACAGACAGAAGAAGAUCCUGCAGAAGACACUACUAAGGAAACUACAAGCGAACAAGAAAUCAUAGAAUCAACAAAUCUUAGUGAACCAAAUGGAACCGAUAUCCAACAGAUGGAGAAUGAAAACAGCAUUGUAAACGGAAACACAACGGAGGAAGAGAACGAGGUAAAUGGCGAUCUUGAGGCAACACUCAAUGAUCAAGAUCAGAGUGAAAAUAAGUAUGAACAUGAGAUGAUUACUCCAACUAGCGCUAAGAGACUCAAUGAACAAGAUCCAGAUAAGUCCUUAUGCGAUGGUGGAUUGACAUAUGGCGGGAUGACAGGCGACACAAGUUAUCAACUAGACGUUGAGAAUAAUACUGGUGAUGCAGAAGAAAAUGUUGAAAACACACGAGAGGCAGUUGAUGGAAUACAUUCAAAACAAGAUGAUGAUUCUGAAGGUAUUGAUCAAGAUAGUUUGAAUAAACCGGAUGAUGAAACUGAUGAAAUCGAUGAAAAUAUGAAUGGCAAUCAAUUUAUCGUUCGACCAUCAACGGAAGUAGAAAAUGCGUCAAACGAAUCAAUAGUCGAAGAUGUUAAUGGAAACAUGCGAUCUUCAGCAAAAUAUAAAGAAGACAAUGAAGAAUCACUAACUUUGUCUCGGCCAGAAGGCACUGACCUGGAUAACGAAUCAGUUGAACUAGUAGAAUCCUCCACCAAAUCAGCUAAAUCAGUAAGAGUCAAAACUGGUUCGGCGAAAAGAGGCUCCGCAAAAAGCCACAGAAAUGGCUCUGCUGUCUCUACGACUGGCUAUACUAGUCAAGCUGAACAAUCAUCCACAAACGAUGCCGAUUCAGCCGAUUCAAGACCAUCCACGACUACCAGUCGUAGUCAGCAGUCUGUUUCAUCGCGAGCACAAUCUACUACAACGGUACGCAAUGUGUCGGCGGCCUUGGCUGAUGGGCGUGGUCAGUCUGCUAAAUCUGUCUCAUCGGAGAAAAGUCGUUCGCAGGUGGAACAAGCCGCCGAUGAAGAGGACAGCAACGACGAUUCUAAUCAAGCCGAUGUUGAAAUUGUCCAUUACGAAAAUAGCAAUGAGGCCGGAAGCGACAACAAUGAUCAAUCGAAGGACAUGCCUGCUGAUAUUGUGGACAAUAGCGGCCAGGGUCAUAUGAACAAGGUCACGGAGAUAAUGGAAGCCAAUAUACCUGUUGACGAUUACACUGCUGAUGCUAUCGUCAAUGCUGAAGAAAGCGUUCGUGGAUCUACCCCAGAUGAGCCUGAUAAAGUUUCCUACAAGGAUAACGAGCCAGAGGUACAGAUAGAGCCUCCCACUCCAGCUCUGGAAUUUGAGGGGACCGUCAAGGGCGAACCGGAUGAAGACCAACUGCACAGUUCUCAGCCAUCCAACAAUUUAGAUCCAUCCCAUGACCGUUCGCUGCAGGAGGUGAUCGACAGUGGUGACAUGGAGCAGCUGGCAGUAAUCGUGCUUAAUGGCAAAGGUGGCAAGCUGCUGGGGCGACGGUCGGAACUGCCGGAAAUACAAGCUUUUUUAGACAACGUGCCUUCCUAUAUGAAUAAAAUUCGCCGUGUUCACAUGGCCGCCCGAGAGGGAAGUUUGCGUGAUUUACAAUCGGCCUUGGACCGGCGGAAAUUUUCAACUGCAAAAGACGAAAUUUCACCCCAUGGCGCAACACCUCUGCACGUGGCUACCAUAUUUGGCCAUUCCGGUAUUGUGCGGUACUUAGCUGGCCGCUUCCCAGAAACCACCAGUGCCACCGAUGAUAACGGUCGAAAUCCGUUGCAUUAUGCGGCAACACUUAAAGAUAACGGCCACUUUUACAACCUGCUGACCCACCUGGGAGCGAAUCCGAAGGCCGAGGAUAACUUGAAUCAUCCAGCUGAAUUUUACUUGGAUUACGAGCAGGCAAAGGAUUUGUUGUCCCAUCGUCAGCUGCUGCAGGACUAUGGCGCUGAGGAGGAUCUGGCCGAUGAGAUGCUAAAUGAUCAAGUGCCAGAUGAUCAGCACAGCGCACGCCGUGAGUUGGACGAUGUCGAUACAUUGACCACACUGGAGCGGUGCUUCAAAAUUAUUCAUGAACCGAUUGAUGACCUUAUCAAAUCGGUAGAGCUUCCAACGAAUAGCGUUCCCGGUAGUGCUUCAUCACUCAGAAUAUUAAUCACAUCCUAUUUGGCGAGGUUUCUGAAGCGAAGUGUGUUUGAUAAAGUGAAAAAACGUCAAACCAAGUUGGACCAUAACCUUUUCGAUGUCAUUUGGCCGGCAAUGAAGAAGGCUACAAAGGAGAAAAAGAUAGACGAGGAUUUGAACGUUGGUGUUGUGAUACCCGAUUACGAUGUGUUUGUAGUUUUCCAAGAAUUCCUAGUACCACUAAUAAAGGACAUGCACUGCAUGGAUCUGCAGCAAGACUUUGUCCCCCAUCCAGCUAUGCAGUUCUUCCCUAGAUACGCUAUCAGUGAGUCACCUACACAACGCCGAGAAGGUAACGGCAACAUUCUCCGGGAGAACCCUGAUGAAAUACAACUCAAUCUGGAUACCUCCGGAAAGUUCAUCGUCGGGGCAGUUAUUGAAUGCGCUCGAAACCUGGAUGAAUUCGAGUUUCCACUUAAUCUAAGCAUAGCACAUCUCGAACGGGUGGAACGCAUUUUGACUGCAAAAAUUCUGUCCCUUGCCUUCGCCAAUGCAACUGGCGAGACUGAACUUGGAACUUACUAUACGAUGAACGAGAUUCUGGAAAAUCCUUCGGAGAUUCGAACAAUUCUUGCUGCCACAGGACUACUAAUUCCGAUGCUAGAUCAUUCGGAUCCAUACCAAACUGCGGAAUCAACUGCAAUCAAUGGUAGAUUCUGGCCAUAUGGUAGAGGAGUCUACGUUAGCCACGAUCAGGAUCUUGUUGCGUGGAUAAAUGCACAAGAACAUUUGCGAGUAAUGUGCUGCACUAGCUCGAAAAAUCCUGCCAACAUAGGAAGCACAUAUUCUAAAAUUGGACGUGCCAUGAACUUCCUGGAUGACAAGAUCCAGUUCAAACACAGUUACUUCCUAGGCCAUCUGGUAUCCCGACCAUCCUUCCUUGGUACUGGUCUGAAGAUUACACUAUCACUAGAACUACCUCAUCUGCGCAAGGAACGAGAAAACCUUCGACAUCUGUGCGUAGUGCGAGAGCUACAUUUGCUCACCUCCGACGACCAACAAACUGUCCGGAUGAGCAAUAUGCGAAGUCUUUCGCAGAGCGAGUGGCAAAUUUUCCAAAACUUCACCAGUGCCAUCACGAACAUCGUAGCCCUCGAGAAGGAUCUCUCCAUGUCCAACUCAUUGCAUAUAGCGGCAACACUGCUGAGGAUAUUUCAACAUAACGAUUCCCAAGUAGAGAUACCCUUGUUUCGUACGGAAGAAGGCCGAUACCUAGCGACAUCCCUCGGUGAUCCUCUGAUUAAAGGCCUUACCGAGGUGGCCAAUAAGCGUCCGGCGGAUCCCAUCACCUAUCUGGCAACAUAUUUGUACAACUUUGCUAACCAGAAUCGGUCGAAAACAAGUGCCGGCAGCCAGACAUCUGCCAUCAAAAACGAUCCGAAUAACAACCAGAUCGAGAUUGCCGUGAAGGAGGAAUCCGAAAAAGAGUUGAAAAGCUCUGCCAAAACAGAAGAAACCGUCGAAGCGUUAGACGAAGAAGAAAUGGCCGAUCCUGCUGCGGAGAAAGAUGAACUGGCACCUCCGUCGCCGGAUGGUUCUGGCAGUGCGCCUUCCAGCGAUAACAGGGACGAACAUGGUCAAAGUAUGCUUCAUUUUGCAUGCGCUAGAUCACAUGGCAAAAAUGCGUUGAUUCAGUUGAUUGAAGAAUCGGGGACUAGUAUCACAUAUCGCGAUGAGCUGUACCGAACUGCUAGAGAUGUCUCACUGCAAGCUACUCAGCCGGAUAAUUCGCGAGAAAUUGAUCGCUACGUGCUUGGCUUGGCCGCUCGUGGAGAUUUGGAUACGUUGACCAAUAUGUUGCUGGACGGCUACGACCACAUUGCCGAUGUGGUGGGUUCAGACGGAACGACUAUUCUACAGGUGGCAUCAUCCAGGGGCCAUCGGGAUGUAGUUCGCUUUUUAGAAGGGAUUCGAGAAUUCGAGGAAAACCGGGAAAGUUUGCUGAAUGCCGUACGCGACCAGAAUAUUCAAAGAGUAAUGAAAAUUACUCAACUUUCGGAUGGCAUGAAACUUGCGAAAGCUAAAAACUACUAUGGACGCUGCUCUCUGCAUAUUGCUGUAUUGUUUGAAAAUGAAGAAAUUGUAGAAUAUCUUGCAACGCACUUUAAGCAUGUGCUUAAAAUUGGCGACAAUUUGGAGCGGACACCUCUCCAUUAUGCAAUGGGAAUCGGCAAUGUAGAGGCAAUCAGUCGUAUACUGAUUAAGAAUGGAGCUAAACGGGUUAUGAAAGAUCUCAAAGGACGGCAACCUAGUUACUACUUUAUGAACAAGGCCGAUAUUUUACGUCUGCAGGAAGAAGAGAAGGAAUAAAAUUUGACAAAUUUGUAAUGAAAUUAUUUUUUAAGGUGGAGAUUUUUUAUAGACAAAUGUUACUCGGAGUUAAUAAAAUAGCAA